AUGGCGUCUAACCCCCCCGGACAGUGCUGCACAGUCGGCGUCAAGCAUGAGGGUACCCCUCAGGGCAAGAAGGUCUCCGUCGGCGGCAAGUAUGAGGGCUACCUCGCUGAGGCUCCCGCCGACAAGGCUCACAAGAACACCGGCAUCCUCUUCGUUGCCGACGUCUUUGGCAUCUGGCAAAACAGCCAGCUUCUCGCCGACCAGUUCGCCGCCAACGGCUACACCACCCUGAUUGUCGAUCUCUUCGAUGGCGACCAACUGUCUCUUCCCAUGCCCGCUGGCUUCGACAUCAUGAAGUGGUUCAAGGAGGGCAGCGAUGGCAAGCACCCCCACAACAAGGAGGACGUCGACCCCAUCAUCGUCGACUCCAUCAAGUACCUCCAGCAGGAGCACAACAUCACCAACCUCGGUGCUGUUGGCUACUGCUUCGGCGCAAAGUACGUUGUUCGCCACUACAAGGACGGCAUCAAGGUCGGCUUCGUCGCCCACCCCAGCUUCGUUGACGAGGACGAGCUCGCCGCCAUCAACGGCCCCCUCUCCAUCGCCGCCGCCGAGACCGACAGCAUCUUCCCUACCCCUCUGCGCCACAAGUCCGAGGAGAUCCUGCAGAAGACUGGCCUGCCCUACCAGAUCAACCUGUACUCCGGCGUCGAGCACGGAUUCGCCGUCCGCUGCGAUGUCAGCCAGAAGGUUCAGAAGUACGCCAAGGAGCAGGCCUUCUACCAAGCCAUUGCCUGGUUCGACGAGCACCUUUUGUGA